AUGGGGAGAAAACCCAGGGGAUGGGAGGAGGAUGGACGAGUGGAGGAAAUUGAGCGUGACGAAGAUGCCUACGGACGGGAGAUUAUGCGGAAUGGUCGCGCUGCCUACAUGAGACAGUUGGAAUACGAAGGGCGGGCGCCACGCCGGCGAAACUACGACGAAGAAGACGAAGACGACGAGGAAUCAGUAGGUGGAGGUGAAUUUGAUCUUUACAAUCAUCAGGACAGUGUUGUGGCAUAUGCGGUUCAGCUGGCCAUGCAAGAUAAAGAGGAUCAAUUGGUGGAUGAUGCAUUGGCGCGCAUUCGUCGCGCGCAGAUGAUGGGCAAGAACAACGUGCGGCUAUCGCAGCGCGAGCUGGCUGCUUUGGAGAGGAAGCGCCAGCAGACGGACGACCAGGAGAUGACUCAGGGGACUACCCGGCGCAACAAGCAGAAAAGCGCACGACCAGCAUCAUUUCGGCGAGUCGCACCUGUGCCUAUGCCUGUGCCCGAACAAAUGUUUGGGCCCUAUCCACAUUUUGCACCCGACACAAGUUGGAACCAGGGUAUUGCUGCCAGUCAUCCCUCCAGCUCUUCAUCCUCAAAUCGAACACGCACUCCUACUAUGCAGUCGCUACGUUCACACUCGAAUUCCAACACCAAUUCUAAUUCACCACACCGGGCCUCUUACCAAGCCUUUUCUGAGCGUAUGACUCCCAAUAGUCGCCCACAGUCGAUGCCUCAGCCCUCUCCUAUCUACGGGCAUCAACCUCCGACUUACGUACGGCCCUUACCGGAUGAUCCGACUUGGGUUUCACCGUAUACCUCGAUGCACAUUCCAAAAACCCUAAUGCCAGAACCACUUCCAUACCAGCCACAGCUGCCCACAGAUCUUCGCGUGGGGCCCCAGAACCGGGGCAACUACCCCACGGCUGUCACCUCACCGCAGCUAUCUAUAGACAGGCGUCGUUCCGUGCCAACGCGCGGUGUCAAUGCCAUAUCGAAGUUUGAAACAGAUGUGUCUAGUGAGGAGAGUGAAGGCAGUGAGGAAGAUGAAGAUGAGGAUGAAGACGACAUAGAGGGAGAUGACGAGGACUAUGAAGAUGAUAACGAGGAUGACGAAGAUGAAGACGAGGUUCAAGUGGUGAAUGUGGCUCAGCGCGCCAACCCUGGUCUUCACAGACGCAAGGCCGGCACUCGCAGUGGCAAGUAA